GUUUGUCCCUUAUUGCUAGCCGUAUUUUACGUCAUCAAAACAAGCCGACCUGAACAGCAUGUAGGAUCCUCCCUGAAGCAUUUUUGACCUUCUGAUAUUAUUCCUUUCAAGUAUUUUCGGGUUGGACCCAGCUUUCCAGUAUGUCGGUCAAGCAUGCACAAGUACAUGCCAAAUGGAUCAUUGGCAGAGUAAUAGGGACCAAAAUGUACAAAACUGCCAAAGUGAGAGUAACAAGGCUGGUGCUGGACCCUUACCUGCUCAAGUACUACAAUAAGAGGAAAACCUACUUUGCCCAUGAUGCUUUGCGACAGUGCACUGAGGGAGACAUCGUUCUUCUCAAAGCUCUGCCAGAGGCCAGGUCCAAACAUGUGAGGCAUGAACUUACUGAAAUAGUGCACAAAGUUGGUCGGGUUGUUGACCCACUGACAGGAAAGAGUGUUGAAGGAACAGAGUUUGUUGAGCCUCUGACUGACCUGCCACUGGGAGAGGACAAGACUUUAUCGGAAAGGCUGCAGGAGCUGAACAUCUCUGCCGCCCCCAGUGGAACUGAAACCCCACCUGCACAAACGUCUACUUCAUGAUACAAACAGCCUUAUAUGUAUACAGUAAUGCUUAUUAGUUGAAGAAUCUGUCUGCAAUUGCAUUUCUGUUUCAGGUGUCCAUUGUAAAUAUAAAUGUAUAAACCACUCGUCAAUAUAAAUAUCUUAAUUAAUGUGUAAAAUGCAUUUUCUUAGCUGCUAGCUUGGGAAGUAUUUAAUUAAAAACAUAUUUCUGAGGAAUUUAUAAUAAAACAACGAGAACGCAUGGUGUCAUUCACAAACGUGUACAUGGUGUUCAUGUCUGUCAAAAAAGAGGCUGUAUACAACAAGUGUUCAAAUUA